GGGUGCUGUUGUCGCAAGCGUUACCCAAUCAUUUAGGGAGUGCGCGGAAAGACGAGACAAUUUCCUGUCUGGAGUGUCCUGCCGGGCAUCGGCGAAGUAAGGACACGACUUGGCCUAUCUAUACUGCGAAUUAUGCAAGUCUGCCCCUGGCAGAAAUCAGCUUUUGACAAUUUCAUCCAAUUGGGAGCUUAAACGUCACCAAAGUGACGUCACUAUGGGGCAUUCACGCUCUCAAUUGGAUUAAACCGUUAACAGUUGAUAUUUGCCAGGGGCAGACUUGCAUAAAUCGCAGUUUAGUGUCGGACAACUGCUCAGCGGCGCUAAGUCCACGCCAGGUCCGCUAAGUUAGGUUAUGGGUGGUCUACGAAAGGUGAAAUGCUGGUGAAAUGUGUACAAAUGUAUGUCGCGGUGUACCGGGAAUAUCGAUGUAUUAUUUAAGGAAUGCACCGGUUUUGUUGUGACAUGCAUAAAUUAUAAUUUUCAGUAGUGGACUAUUUAAAGUGUUCUCUGUUAUUACGAUGAUGAAUUUAGUACACGUAUUUGGAAGAUGUAAUUUUGCAAGUACCUUAUUCCGUACGCGAACUGCUCUCCGUGAUUUGCAGUAUAUCGCGAACAAAAGUGCAUCAGAUGAUAUUAGGACAAAAGUAGUGAAGGAUGUUGUUUUAUUCAAAUACGAAAAUCCCAGGUUCUUUCGAGUUCUUACUGCUUUUUCGGUUUGUCAGUUUAGUUUUUGGGGUUAUCUUUCGUAUGUUACAUUGACGUCGUUGAGAAAUGUACCGGUUUCUCCUGAUCCUUCUCUCUCGUGGUGGAGGAAAAUUAAUCUCGGUGAUCCUAAGUACAGAUAUGGAUUGUCUUUAAUGUGUGGAGUUUUAGCUUGUGGUAUACUUGCAACGUGCUGUGCUUAUGUUGCUAGGGCAGUGCGUUAUCUUGUUCUGCACAAAGGAGGGCAAAAUAUUUCCUUGGUAACAUACACUCCUCUUGGUGGACAACGAACAAUCACCAUUGGCUUAAACCAGGUUAGCUGUGAACACAGCAGACACAGUGCUAGAGUGCAGUUGCCUUUGAAAAUAACAGGUCAUUGGUUGCAUUAUGUUUUGGAUAUGAGAGGAGAGUUUACAAAUGGUAGACUCUUUGAUCAAACUGCUGGUCUGAAAAGAGUAUUGCAGAAAUAAUAUAUUUAAAUUAUUGACCUGUGGCAUGUAGGAAGAACUAUUUUAAAUCAUAAUUGCGUAGAGCACAAAUGAUGUAUGUUUAUAUUUGUGAAACUAAUGAUUUUGAAUUGUAAGUAUGUUUUGUUUUGUUAAAUACAUGUUUUAAGACAGUUGUGUCUUUUACAUUUUAAUAUCCUUUUCAGGGUUAUUUCAUAUUUUUCUUUUUUGCCUGUAUUUGUUAAAAGCUAUAUAAAUCUCAUUAGUUGUGUGUAAUUUCAUGCCUUUCUUUUUUCCUUCAUUGAGGUCUCAAAGAAACUAAAGAAUGGUAAUACCAUAAAACGGUUUUAUUGGCGAAAAAAUUUCAUAAUUUAGGUUAAGUUGUUGAUACCAGGGUCAUAGUUCCCAAAAAGCUAAAGUGGCACUUGUGUGAGGCCAGCGGUAGACACAGCCGAUUAUUUUGGAGGGGGCCAUCAUAGGUUUUUAUUAAAUAAUGAUUGAAAUAAUAUUAAAUAAU